AACCAGCAGGAUUCAUGAACGGAAUAAUGAUCACUCUUAAUUUUUAAGAUAGUUUUAUUUCAACUUUUUACCAAUAGUCAGAAACUGUUUUUCAUUGUUAGCAGGAUCUGGUGACAAUAGGGAACCGAGGAGUUAAAUUUUAGCUGAACACUUUUGCUUGACUGGCUUGGCAGUCAGUUAGGUUAGCUAACGCCAGUGAGUGGGGUAACUAGCUUGGUGCUAAGCAAAGGGGGAGGGGAGAGUUGCUUCUUUGCUACCAUCGAUUGUUUUAUUUGUAUUUGCUUUUGAUGUGUUUUUUGUAUAAAUCAGUCUUACUGUAGACCAUGCGGGGGUUGUGGCGUUUUUCGUACAGAUAGUCUGCUAGUUCACUAGCUUCCAGUUUCAUUUUUGAGGAACAAGUGGCUAAUGUUAGCUGUCUAGACAAGAGGGACUCGAGGGUUUGGAGUUAGCUAGCUAGCUUGCUAGCUAACUUGCUGGAAACGUCUUGUUAACACUACUGAUUGUUUGAAAGACCGGCUAGUGUGAAUUAAUUCUCGUCCUACGAAUUGUUCCGAAUCGCUUCACUUCUCUCUUCUUGGGAACUGAAAUGAUGGAUUAUUUCGCCACGUUCUGAGGAUGAGUUCUUGUUUUGUACCUAACGGGGCCAGCCUGGAGGACUGCCACUCCAAUCUAUUUUGUCUGGCUGACCUCACAGGGAUCAAAUGGAAGUGCUUUGUGUGGCAGGGUCCCACCUCCUCACCCAUCCUCUUUCCAGUGACGGAGGAAGACCCCAUCUUGUGCAGCUUCAGCCGCUGCCUGAAGGCAGACGUUCUUAGUGUGUGGCGACGCCACCAGACCCCUUCCCGCAGAGAGCUGUGGCUGUUCUGGUGGGGAGACGAUCCCAACUUCGCCGAGCUCAUCCACCACGAACUCUCCAGUUAUGAGAAUGGUGACUGGGAGAGUGGCCUUUCAUAUGAAUGUCGCACGCUGCUCUUCAAAGCCAUCCACAACCUGCUGGAGCGUUGCCUCAUGAACCGCUCCUUCGUCCGCAUCGGAAAGUGGUUUGUCAAGCCCUACGAGAAGGAUGAGAAACCCAUCAACAAGAGUGAGCACCUGUCCUGCUCCUUCACUUUCUUCCUGCACGGAGACAGUAAUGUGUGCACCAGUGUGGAGAUAAACCAGCACCAACCCGUCUAUCUACUGAGUGAGGAGCAUUUGACCCUGGCUCAGCAGAGCAGCAGCCCAGUCCAAGUCAUUCUCAGUCCGUACGGCCUGAGCGGGACCCUGACAGGCCAGUCCUUCAAACUGUCUGAUCCACCAACCCAGAAGUUAAUAGAGGAAUGGAAGCAAUUCUACCCCAUCAGCCCUAACACUAAAGAGAUCCCGGAAGACAAGGUGGAUGAACUGGACUGGGAGGAUGACUGCCUGGCUGCUGUCGAGGUUCUCGUCGCUGGGGUGAGGAUGGUUUAUCCCUCCUGCCUGGUGCUGGUGGCUCAAUCCGACAUCCCAGCCGUGGCGGCAGUGAGCUCGUCUACCUCGACGGGGGCCUACUCUGGGGGCCAGCAAGGACACGCAGCUCAGAGAGACCCUGCCAUGUCAUCAGUCACUCUCACCCCUCCCACUUCACCUGAGGAGUCUCAGACAGGCUCUCAGCCUGCCCAGAAGCUGGUGAAGUUGUCGGCCUCAUCAGAUGGCUUCAGUGUGGACAGCACUAAUCACCACGGGGGCAAGAUCCCCCGCAGGCUGGCCGGGCAGAUGGUGGAGAGAGUGUGGCAGGAAUGCAGUAUUAACCGAGCGCAGAACAAGAGGAAAUUUUCUUCCAUAUCUAAUGGGCUGUCUGAAGAAGACACGGACAAAACGGGUUCCUGGGACUUUGUUGAACCAUCUCAAAGGGCACAGUGUAUCUGCUCUAGGCAAAAGAGCCAAAAACAGCGCACAGGGAGCACCCCAGGGCACCCUGCCUCUGUUGGCCAGCCUCCUCAGCCACCCCAAAAACACAAGGUGGGGGAGAAGCUGGAGAAAGGGGAGAAGCAACAGAAGAGGCCGCAGACCCCCUUCCAUCACCGCAGCUCUCUGUGUGAGGAGAUGAGUCUGGAACCUGAGGGCGGUGCCCAGAGGCUCUGUCUAAGGUCACAGGGGGACAACCCUUACCCUAGUCUCCACCACGCUGAUGUCACCUCUAGCAAACCCCCAGUGCUCCACCCAUCACCCGGAGACCUGGCUGGCUCACCUCCUCCUCCACCACUCAGCCCCCACCCCUGUGAGCAUGGAGACGAAGCUCCCGAAGGCCUGAAGAAUUCCUCCACGCCCCUGCACCAACACUUUUACCCAGCUGCCUCCGAGCCUUGCCUGCUCCCCCAGAAGACUCCAGAGGAGUCAAAUCUAGACCCGCUCCCCCUGCAGUACCCUCCAGCCUACCCAGAGACAAUGGAGCCCACUGUAUAUGUGGGCUCUGCCAUCAACCCCAACGAAGAUGUGGUUCACAACCCCUGGAGGUACUUCAGGCUGCCCAAGAGGAAGAACACAGACUUCUAUACGCCACAGAUUCCUGUCGACAAACUGAAGGAGGAUGGGCCUGGAGGAGGAGGAGGAGGAGGCCAGGAGAAUGUUUUCUCAGUCACAGAGAAGAUGUCAUCAUCCAACAGGCCUUUGAAAGUGUCAGAGGAGAGAGUGAGGAUGUACCUGCAGAGGAAGAACCAGUACCUGUCUGAGGCCCUCUCUGACGGAGAGCAGGAGCCCGAGGCAGAUCCCUACGCCUUUGUGGAGGGAGAUGAAGAGUUCACCUUCGCCGAGAAGAAAGAGAAGUCUGGGGCAGAGCGAGAGACGGGCAAGAGAAGCAAGAGGGAUGACGGCAGCUCAUCCUCAACUGAUGAUGCUCAGGGCCCAGGUGGUACUAAACCUGUAGCUUCCACCAGCCUGAUUUAUGAUUCAGAUCUUGCCGUGUCCAUGAAAGACCUGGACAACCUCUUCAACUCUGAUGAGGACGAACUUACGCCUGGAUCCAAGAGGUCUGGGAAUGGAGCAGAUGAGAAAUUUGGUGGCAAAGAGUCCAAGCCAGCAGCCCCUGACCCGCUUUCCUGCAUUAGUUCAGCAGAUCUCCAUCAGAUGUUCCCCACCCCACCCUCUCUGGAGCAGCAUUUCAUGGGCUAUUCUCCCAUGAACAUGGGCAGCAGGGACUAUGGCAACAUGGAGGCAGGGGCCGGGCUCACUCUGCUGGACGGCACCAUGCUCAGCGCCAACUUUAAAAUGGAGGUGGAAGAGGGUUUCUGCAGCCCUAAGCCCUCUGAGAUCAAGGAUUUCUCGUUCGUCUUUAAAACGGAGACAUACCAAGCAUUCAUCGGCUGUUCACUGUACGCCCCUUUGAAGGUUCUGCCCAGCCAGCUUCUGCCUCCAGUCCGCCUGCCUGACGAGUGUGUGUAUCGCCCCAGCUGGACCAUGGGUAAACUGGAGAUGCUCCAGUCGAUGCCUGCCGUGACCUUCAACAAGGACAGCAACAUCCCCAGUGUGGGUAGCGCAGUGGAGCAGGAGUACGGUCAGACGUACACCCCUCAGACCCACACCCCCUUCAUGUCCAACAGCGCUCCUCCCAGCAACAGUGGUACAGGCAUCCUGCCCUCCCCUGCCACGCCCCGCUUCUCUGCUCCGACCCCGCGCACCCCGCGAACUCCCCGCACGCCCCGUGGCCCCGCCAGCGUCCAAGGCUCCCUCAAGUACGAGAACUCUGACCUCUACUCUCCCGCCUCCACCCCCUCCACCUGCCGGCCACUCAACUCGGUGGAGCCCGCCACCGUGCCCUCCAUCCCAGAAGCCCACAGUCUGUACGUCACCCUUAUCCUCUCUGAAUCGGUCAUGAACCUCUUCAAAGACUGCAACUUUGACAGCUGCUGCAUCUGCGUGUGCAACAUGAACAUCAAAGGGGCAGACGUGGGCGUGUACAUCAGCGACCCCAGCAUGGACUCCCAGUACCCCAACAUGGAGACCUGCACCUGCGGCUUUAGCGCCGUCAUGAACCGUCGCUACGGCAACGGCGCCGGCCUCUUCCUGGAAGACGAGCUGGACAUCGUGGGGCGGGGCUCGGACGCCGGACGGGACGCGGAGAAGCACUACGAGGCAUUGCGCUCCCUGUCGCUGCAGAAAGGGGAGCGGCUGCCGGACGAGCUCAUCCUGUUGCUGCAGGACCAGUACACUAACUCCUUCUCUCCCGUGUUCAGCCUUGAGACGGCCAGCGCGGGCCCCCGGCCCCCGCAGCGUUUGGAGGAGAGGGACUACCGCAGCGACUGCUACCUGGCCCUGGAGCAUGGACGGCAGUUCAUGGACAACAUGUCUGGGGGAAAAGUGGACGAGACGCUGGUCAAGAGUUCCUGUCUUCACCACUGGGCCAAAUGCAAUGCUGCAGACGUGAGUAAGCUGUUCUCUCAGGAUGUCCUACGGAUGCUGCUGUCCCUGCAGUCUGUGCUCCAGGAUGCCAUACAGAAGAAGAGAUCUGUGCGCUCCUGGGGUGUCCAGGGUCCCCUCACCUGGCAACAGUUCCACAAAAUGGCCGGCAGGGGAUCAUACGGCACUGAUGAGUCUCCUGAGCCACUGCCGGUCCCUACCUUCCUGCUGGGGUACGAGUACGACUUUGUGGUGCUGUCUCCUUUCGCUCUGCCUUACUGGGAAAAGCUUCUGCUGGACCCCUACGGUUCCCAGAGGGAUAUUGGAUACGUGGUGGUGUGUCCUGACAAUGAAGCCCUGCUGAGUGGAGCCAAGACCUUCUUCAAAGAUUUGACUGCUGUAUAUGAGUCAUGUCGGCUUGGUCAGCACAGGCCCAUCUCUAAGGUGCACUCUGAUGGUAUAGUGCUGGUGAAUAGCACAGCGGCCAAGACCCUGACAGAGCAGCCUCUUAGUGACUGGUUCCUGAAGAACUGCAACAACAGCAGCAGUGACUCCUUCGCCAAACUCAAACUGUAUGCUCAAGUGUGUCGGCACGACGUGGCUCCAUACUUGGCAGCACAGUCCUUGGAUGGCUCCCUGCUCUCACAGAAGAACCCCUCCUCCUCCUCCUCCUCCUCCUCUUCCCAGACCUCGAGUUCUAACACCUCAUCUACAAGUAGUCAGAACACCUCCAUAUCCUCAUCUACUACCAGCAGCACCAACACUACCAGCACUUCUACCACGUCCUCCUCCACCACCACCACCUCCUCCUCCACCACCUCCUCAGGCUCUCAGGGUAUGGGUAAUCUGCCAUCCACUAAACCCAACUCCCUCCCUCCUUUUGGAGCAUCAGGCAUGCAGAACAACCAGCAGUCUGGUGCCCAGAGCACAGGAGACAACUCAUCAGCCACUAACCAGCCUCAGGAACCCCAAGAAAGCACUAUGGAGAGGGAGAAGGUGGGCAUCCCUACAGAUGGGGACUCCCACGCCGUCAGCUAUCCUCCUGCGAUAGUAGUCUACAUAGUAGAUCCCUUCAGCUAUGAGGAGAUGGGCAAAGACAGCAGUGCAAGCGUGUGGACUCUUGGGUUGCUUCGCUGUUACGUGGAGAUGCUACAGUCUCUACCUGCGCAUAUUAGGAACGCGGUAUCUGUACAGAUCAUCCCAUGCCAGUACCUGCUGCAGCCUGUGCGGACGGAGGAGCGCCACAUGUACGCCCAGCACCUCAAAUCUCUGGCUUUCUCUGUCUUCACUCAGUGCAGACGGCCACUCCCAGCCUCCACCAACGUCAAAACGCUAACUGGUUUUGGCCCCGGGGUGGCCAUUGACACUGCACUACAGAACCCAGAGAGGCCAGAGUGUUUGCGGCUCCACAAUCCCCCCUUCGUCCUGGCUCCAGUGAAGGACAAGCAGACGGAGCUUGGCGAAACGUUUGGCGAAGCUUCACAGAAGUACAAUGUGCUCUUUGUGGCUUACUGCCUGUCACAUGAUCAGAGGUGGCUCUUGGCCACAUGCACGGACCAGUACGGCGAGCUGUUGGAAUCCUGCAUCAUUAACAUCGAUGUACCCAACCGAGCUCGGAGGAAAAAGGGUUCGGCCAGACGCCAUGGGCUUCAGAAGCUGUGGGAGUGGUGUCUGGGCCUGGUGCAGAUGACGUCAUUGCCAUGGAGGGUUGUGAUUGGCAGGCUUGGCAGGAUAGGUCACGGGGAGUUGAGAGACUGGAGCAUACUCCUCAGCAGGAGGAACCUGGAGUCUCUCAGCCGACGCUUGAAGGAGAUGUGCAGUAUGUGCGGUAUCUCGGCCGCGGACAGUCCCAGCAUUCUCAGUGCCUGUUUGGUUGCCAUGGAGCCCCAGGCCUCAUUUGUCAUCAUGCCAGACUCAGUGUCCACAGGUUCAGUGUUUGGUCGUGGAACUGCUCUGAACAUGCAGAACUCCCAUCUGAACACUCCUCAGGACACCUCCUGCACUCACAUCCUGGUGUUUCCCACCUCCGCUGUGGUCCAGGUCAACAGCUCCAGCUACAACAAUGACCUCAACUUCAACGCAAAUGAUGGGACCGAUGGAAUGGGAGGUAUGGAUGUGAUCUUGGAUCUGCUGGUGUCUGAGAACGACCUUGUGGACACAGACAUUAUCAACAUCCUUCCUAACUCCCCCACCACGUCUCCCGUGCACUCACCCAACUCACACUACCACCACGGAGGUGACGGCAGCAAGGGACAGAGUACAGACCGCAUGGAGUCUCAUGAUGAAACCCCAAAUAUCCUGCAGCAGCCCAUGGCUCUGGGUUACUUUGUGUCCACUGCCAAGGCAGGCCCACUGCCCGACUGGUUCUGGUCCUCCUGCCCGCAGGCGCAGAAUCAGUGCCCUCUCUUCCUCAAGGCCUCUCUGCAUCUGCACGUCUCAUCUGUGCAAUCAGACGAGCUGCUGCACAGCAAACACUCACAUCCUCUAGACUCCAACCACACGUCAGAUGUACUCAGGUUUGUGCUGGAACAGUACAACGCCCUCUCCUGGCUGACGUGUGAUCCUGCGACGCAGGACCGGCGCUCCUGUCUGCCUGUCCACUUUGUGGUGCUCAACCAGAUGUAUAACUUUAUCAUGAACAUGCUCUAAGGGCAGAAACCUCCUGGACUGCACACUAUUGGAGUCUGACCAGAGGACGUCAGCUCACUGCACUGGUGUUGCACUGCCGAUUUUGGACAGACCUCUGCAGGAUGGACCUGGCCAGACCAGACACUCCAACAGUAAAACUAGGAGAGUUCAAUCAUUUCCCCCAAGUCAGUUUUAAAGAACUGGAGGAAAAGGGACUUAUCAGUGAACUAGAUC